UGCCUGAAGAAGAAAAUGGGAUUGAAUAUGCUAUCAGCAUGGAACAGUCUAAUGAUUCAUUAAGAGUCGAUCAUCAUGAUGGCAAAGAAUCAAAAACAGAUGCUCAGCAUCUAACCUGUAUAGACUCCAGGGAUCCUUCCUUUGGACAAAAUGAUUCUUCUACAAUUGUGCCCAUUACUACCCAUGAAGCAGAUAAUUCACUCUCAUCACAGAAUAUACCAGGGCCCCUGACCCAGACACAGCCUUCUUCUACAGAACAAUUCCAUCUAGUGGACCAAAAUGGGCAACCUAUGCAGUAUGAACUUCAGUCAUUGGGGGAUUCUAGUGCACAAAUGAUGAUUGUAGCCAGUCCAUCAGAAGAUGGACAGGUGCUUCAAGUAAUUCCAUCUACCCAGACAGGAAUGGCACAAGUGAUUGUACCUCAGGGACAGCUUGUGGAUGUGAAGAGUUCUCUAGAUGUCUCUGAAGAGAAACCUGGUGACAGAAACCUACCAACUGUAAGGGUGGAUGCUCUAGCAGACAAUACCAGUAGUUACAUUCUUCAUCCGCAAGCAUCCCUCACAUUGCCCAAAAAGACAGUGACCAGAAGACUUGAAGAACCUUUUCUGGCUCCUCUCCAGCCACUUUCUUCUAACACACCUAUAUGGGCCUGCCGUCUUAGGAGCUGUGAGAAAAUUGGAGAUUCAUACCGUGGCUACUGUGUUAGUGAGACUGAAUUAGAAAGUGUUCUAACAGUUCACAAGCAGCAAACACAGAGUGUUUGGGGGACCCGCCAAUCUCCAAGCCCAGCCAAGCCUGCUACACGCUUGAUGUGGAAAUCCCAGUAUGUCCCGUAUGAUGGAAUCCCAUUUGUUAAUGCAGGGAGCAGGGCUGUGGUAAUGGAGUGUCAGUAUGGGCCAAGGAGAAAAGGUUCCCAGUUAAAAAAAAUCAGUGAGCAGGAAAGCAGGUCUUGUCAGCUCUACAAAGCCACUUGUCCAGCCCGGAUUUAUAUUAAAAAGGUACAGAAGUUUCCUGAAUAUAGAGUUCCUACAGACCCCAAAAUUGACAGAAAAAUAAUCAGAAUGGAGCAAGAGAAAGCCUUUAACAUGUUGAAGAAGAACUUGAUGGAAGCUGGUGGUGUUCUUAGGUGGUAUGUACAGUUACCUACACAGCAGGCUCAUCAAUAUCAUGAAUUAGAGACUCCCUGCCUUUCUUCUUCACCUUCCCCUUUUCCUGUAUCUUCUCUUGAAGAAGAGGAAAAUGCAAUUAGAGAUGAGAAUUGUGCAUUGCCCUCACGUCUGCAUCCUCAAGUAGCAUAUAAGAUUCGAGAAUUAGUAUCACAGGGAAUAGAACAAGUGUAUGCAGUAAGGAAACAGCUAAGAAAAUUUGUGGAAAGGGAACUGUUCAAACCUGAUGAGGUACCUGAAAGACAUAAUUUAUCUUUUUUUCCAACUGUAAAUGAUUUAAAAAAUCACAUCCACGAGGUACAGAAAUCCUUGAGAAAUGGCGAUAUUGUAUAUAACUCAGAGAUUAUUCCAGCAACGCUUCAAUGGACUACAGAUAAUGGGAAUAUUCUCAGAGAGACUGUGACAGUUACAUUUGCAGAAGGAAAUUCAUCAGGAGAAUCAGUUACCACCAAAGUGGAAGCAAAUCAAACAAGGAGUUCUUUGUUUCCAGAGCCUGCACAGAGACUCUCCUCACUUUCCUCAUUUCAGCCCAGAAUAUUUGCACAACUGCAGGGUUUGCAGUUACAACCAAGAUUCACCUCUCCUGAUGAAUCACCAGCUCUGAUAUCGGUAAAUAACCACCUCUCCUCCAGUCCUUCAAGACUUCUGGAUUCAUUAGGGAGUACUGAAAUGAAUAAUAAUUCUCUACUGCUUGAUCAGAGUCAUAGCUUUCAAACAGACACAUGCCUAACCCAAAACAAUAGUACUGCCUCUGCCAUGAGUAACCCUCCAGAACCAGAUCAGAAUAUAGUUACAAUGGAUCAACUGGUAGAAGUUGGGGAUGUUGAGGAUACAGAAAGUCUGGAAGGAAGUGUUCCUCAAAUUCUGUUGGGAGACGUACAGACCAUUCCAAUACGGAUUAUAGACAGCCAUCCCACUCUCAUUGAAGAAACUCCAGAAGGUACCGUUUCUGUGAGCCAAGUUAAGCAAGAACCCAAAGAACCAGCAUUGUCUGUGGAAGCAAAAAAACAUUUGGACUGUAAGAAAUUAUUUGCCACAUAAAUUAUUGAAGCUUUUCAGAAUUUACAGCUCUGGUGACUUCUGAUGUCUUAGAAAAGAAGGUAGAAACUGGAACUAUCAAUAUUUUCAUGAUGAUAACAUCGUUGCAAGUAUGGAGGAUGGAUUGAGGAAAUGAAGGAAAGAGAACAAGUAAGGAAAGUACUGAAUAGCUAAGUUCUGAAUUGAUAUUGUGUCAUGGGGAGGUUAAGGAGGAAAAGGGUCAUAUUUUUGAAUUUAUAGGAUUUAUUGACAAGAGAUUGCGGAAGAAGAAGAAAGAGCAUGUGCUAAUAUAACACUCCCAGAACAGACAGAACUAGCCACUCCUCAGUGGAAAUGAGUACAGGGUGAUGCAAGUAGGCUAAAAUAAACCACAGCAAUACAACAAGGACAGUGUCCUGGUAAUCUAUUGCUGCAUAAUAAAUCACCCAAAAACUUAGUGACUUAAAACAAUGACAAUCACUUAGUAUCUCUCAUGUUUCUGUGAGUAAGGAAUUCAGAAAUGACUUGGCUGGUGAGCUCUGGCUCAUAGUUUCUCAUCAGGCAACUGCAGUUAGACAAAACGGUUUGCAGCUAGAACAGCAGGGAGGUGUUUAGCAGUUGUCGGCUGGUUAGGCGUCUGUCUCCCUCUUCAUGUAGUCUCUCCACAUAGACUUGUGGGUUUCCUCACAGUAUGGCAGCCUUAAAUGUCUUACUAGGUGGGUUAAAGCUCUAAUGAUACAUGUUCUCCUAGAGAGAGGGCCAGGAAGAAAUUGUAUCACCUUUUCUAACCUAACCUCAGAAGUCACAUUCUUUUCAUCCAGGCAGACAGAAGAUUGGUACAGGUUCAGUGGGAGAGGACAUAGAUUCUCGCUCUUGAUAGGAGAAGUAUCAAAGGAUUUGUGGAUAAAAUUGUCACUAACAGAAAUCAAUGUCCAGACACCAAAAGGGAUGUGGGAUGUGACUCCUAACCAGGGGUGAAUAAAAUCCAAAUGUACUUUCAUGAAUGGCUGAAUGGCAUGAGGUUACAAAAGAUUUCUCCCUACUCCCAGAUGCCACCUUGGGAAAGAGAAUGGAGAGAAUGCCUAAAAUAGACCAUAUUUUAAACCGAAAGAGACUGUGUUAUCUUUCACGAGUAAGAUCAAUAGUUUUUCCACAAUGAGUGGAAAUGGAAGUUUGAGAGUAAGGUAAGAUCAGUUAUAGAAAAAAAAGUUAUGGUUUCCUAUACAUCUGGUUCCUGGCUCUUCAGUUUAAACCUGUAACAUUUAUUUAUGCCCAAUUUUGAUUUA